CAAAAAACCAAUAAACUAACAACUAAAGCCUGGGUUUUUUGGCUUAACAACGCAACCCGACACACCAAAAUCUACCGUCUUUUGAUUCGUUUCCUUCGGUUACAAUCUUUUAAAUUUUUAAUUUUCUUUUUCUCUUUGAGUUCAUUAUUAUGUUAGCUUCCAUUGUCUUAAAUUCCAGAAUCAUCAUCACUACCAAACGAAAGUGAAACCCCUCUUCAACCAUUAAGGAAGGUAGCAAAACUCGUUCACUCUCACCUGCUGAACAAAGGGUUUUCUUUUGCUGGAGAUUUUUGAAGGUGAUUAGGUUAGGGUUUCUUCUUGGAGUAAAGUUAAUCUCACACAAGAUGCAGCAGCCACAGCAAAUGAUUCCUAUGAUGCCUUCGUUCCCACCUAACAACAUCACUACCGAACAGAUUCAGAAGUACCUUGAUGAGAACAAGAAGCUGAUUUUGGCAAUUUUGGACAAUCAAAAUCUCGGAAAACUCGCUGAAUGUGCCCAGUAUCAAGCUCAGCUGCAAAAGAAUUUGAUGUACUUAGCUGCGAUUUGCGGAUGCACAACCACAAACAAACGCCCACAACAGCAGCUACACCUGCAGCAUCAACAAGCCAUGCAAGCUCAAAUGAGAAUCAGACCUGGAGGGCCCAAUAAUGGUAUGCAUCCCAUGCAAGUCGAGGCUAAUCUUGGAGGUGGUAGCAGUGGUGGUCCCUCUUCAGCUUCAGGCCCAAACGAUGGACGCUGUUGGAACAAGCAAGAGGGUGCUGAAGCCGGUGUUGAUGGUCAGGGCAGCACAGGUGGUGGUCAUGGUGAUGGAGCAGACAAGGCAAAGUGACUGCCCCCCUUGAGUUGUUUUGAUCGGAUACUCAUGGAUGUUGAUAGUAAGCGCCUCUUACAAUAGUUGUACUGCUCGGGUAAUCUUUCGAUGGACAGACGGUGUUAGAACAUAAAAUUUUCUUUUUCGCUCUUUAGUUUUAAAGGGUUUAGGUAGUAAACUUUUGUUGGGAGGUUCUUGGCAUGCCAAUGAAUCGAAAAAGCAGCUAGUUAGACAACGACAGUUUUAGUUGUAAAAGGAGGAAAAGCUUAAAGCUUGCUGCGUGUAUC